CACGUCAUUCGCAAGCAUCGUUGGCUUCUUCAACAGACGGUAAAUACAAAACUCCUACGAUAAACCUGACACUUGGAGAUGAUGGCCCAAAAGUGCAAAAAAAAUAAAGAAACGAAAGAAUAAGUAAGUAGUUAAAGUAUAAGGCGUCAAAAAUGAUGAGAUAUCACUUUAUGGGGAAGGUAACAACGUCUACACCUCUCCUCUUCAAAUCAAAGCUCCUCUGUUUCUCUCUGUUUUACCUCUUCACCGCUCUCUUUCUCGCUCUUUACACCUCUCUAUCUCAAUCCAAAUGCCUCUUCAGAUCCUCUCCCUUCGAUCCCCUCCAGACCCCUCUCUUUUCUUACCCUUCUUCUUAUGGAGAACACAAGUAUGCCCUCCCAACCCACCGUUCCACUUGCUCCUCCCCUGUCUUUUUCACAGAUUAUUGGACUGUGUUGAAGGAGAUCCGAGAUUUGUGUAAGAAUUCUUCGUUGGCUUCGCCAGUUUUGAGUUAUAUGCAGGGACAGGCCGAUAGUUUUGGUGGGAAUUUUAGUACCCAGAAAAGGAUUUCUUAUUUUGAUCAUGAAAACUCUAGCUUAGAAGUUCCUUGUGGAUUCUUGAAGAAAUUUCCGAUUAGUAAUUACGAUCAAGUUGAGAUGGAAAACUGUAAUGGAGUAGUUGUAGUCUCGGCAAUCUUCAAUGACCACGACAAAAUCCGACAGCCAAAAGGGCUAGGAUCCAAGACCUUGGAUAAUGUAUGUUUCUUCAUGUUCAUAGAUGAUGUUACCCUCAAUGGGCUUGACUACCACAAAGUAAUUUCAAAAGAAUCCCCCCAACAUAAGGUAGGCGUAUGGAGAAUUGUUCGAGUUUCGAGCAAGGACUUGUAUGAUAAUCCAGCCAUGAACGGAGUGAUACCUAAAUAUUUAGUUCAUAGGCUUUUCCCAAACACCAAAUUCAGCAUUUGGAUAGACGCGAAGCUACAGCUAAUAAUUGAUCCAUUAUUGUUGAUUCAUACAUUAAUUGUGUCCGAGAAUGCGGAUAUGGCCAUAUCCAAACAUCCAUUCUAUGUUCAUACCAUGGAUGAAGCAAUGGCAACAGCAAGGUGGAAGAAAUGGUGGGAUGUUGAUGCCUUGAAGACCCAAAUGGAGACAUAUUGUGACAAUGGGUUGCGGCCAUGGAGUCGCAAGAAGCUCCCCUAUACAUCAGAUGUACCAGAUAGUGCUAUGAUCUUAAGGAAACAUGAAUUGAGCAGCAACCUCUUUUCCUGCCUAAUGUUCAAUGAGUUGGAAGCUUUUAACCCAAGAGAUCAGUUGGCUUUUGCAUAUGUAAGAGAUCACAUGAAACCAAAGCUAAAGCUUAACAUGUUUGAGGUUGAAGUAUUAGAGCAGGUAGCAAUGGAAUACAGGCACAACCUAAAGCACAUUGGUGGGACCAGUGGCAGAGAAGAAGGGUCCAAAAGGUCCAAGAUCAAAAGAACCAGAAGGGCAGGCUCAGAUUUGUUGUAUGUUAAUGGCAGCUGUUGUAGUAAGUGCCAGAAGUAUCUUUUGGAAAUGUGGGGUGAAUCCCAUAAAUGAUUUUGUCUCUAAAACCUUAUACUACUAUAAAAAUAGGGGAAAUUAUAUAAUAUAAAAAAGGGUCUUGCUAAUAA